GCUUGUCUGUUGGAAUCGAAGUGCAAUUUAGUGAGAAGAUAGGAAGACUAUACCUGAACACAUUGCUCACACCGACCAUGAGCUUUGUCGAAAAAACGGAGGGUCUCUGUGGCUUCAUGGAUGAUGAUCCGAACAAUGAUUUUGAAGGUUUGAAUGGCGCCCUCUAUCAUCAUAAUAAUGUAACGGACUUCGUCGAAACAUGGAAAAUUGAGAGCUCAAAUGCUAAUGGUAGUUUAUAUGAUUCUUGGUCAUGGAAUUCUUCUAAUUUUCAUGUGGAUGAUGUGCUGGAUGAUUCAUAUACCAGGAAUUACGAACCUAUCUACAGUACAAAUGAUAUACAACAAGACAUUGUGAAGAUAGCAAAAGAGGUUUGCCUAGAAGCAAUACCAAACACAAAGGAAAACUCGGUACUGAUUGACUCAUGUGUUUACGAUAUUGCAGUAACGAACGAUACAUCAUUUGUCUCUCAGCAAAUUUUGCAAACUGGCUGUCCCUACCAGUGUUCUGGCCGAGGAACUUGUGUCAACAACACGUGUGAAUGUUUGCCUGGGUGGUCUGGUGAAGACUGUAGAAAUGGUUCAUGCAUUUCGAAUUGCAUAAAUGGCGAGUGUGUAUCCGGUUUCUGUCGAUGUAAUGUAGGUUGGGAAGGAGAUACAUGUGAAGAUUUUGCCACUUGUUUCGGCGUUAAUAAUUGUACUGAUGAGGAACAUGGCAUGUGUCUUGAAACAAAUAUCUGUUUAUGUAACAAAGGAUUUACAGGUGACGACUGCAGCGUCAUUCCAACUUGUCAUGGAGUCGCCAAUUGCUCAGGUAACGGAAUCUGCGUUGACGUAGAUGUUUGUGACUGCUACGACCAAUGGAAGUCUGCCACAUGCGACACAUUGUCCUGUCACAACGUUGAUGGCUGUUCUGGACAUGGCACUUGUAUCAGUUUUGACAUUUGUAUAUGUGACGACGGUUGGACUGGUAAAUCUUGUGCAUUGCCUGACUGCUCUGAACGGAACCGAUGUAACGACCAGGGCGAAUGUACAGGACCAAACGAAUGUAGUUGUUACGUCGGAUAUCAAGGAGUGAACUGCAGUGAAUCCGUUCAGUGCAUUAUGCUGGACAACUGCAAUGGUAAUGGUGUUUGUAUUGAAGACACAUCUAUAAAUAAUGGAACAUUUUCUUGCGAGUGUUUUACCGGUUAUUCAGGAGAAAAUUGUACAGAUUUCUCUUGUGAAUCUGUCAAUCAUUGUUCAGGACAUGGAAAUUGCAUUGAACCUGACCUCUGUGUGUGUAAUGUUGGCUAUACUGGCAUUAAUUGUUCAUCUCCCUCAUGUGAAAAUCUCGGAUUUUGUUCCGGUAAUGGACGAUGUACUUCAUUUGACGUGUGCGAAUGCUAUUCUUACUGGUCUGGUGAAACAUGUGACCGUGCCUUUUGUACUGGUAACUGCAAUGGACGUGGAGAUUGUGUUGCUCCAGAAACAUGCGAAUGUUACGUAGGUUUUGAAGGAGAGACCUGCCAGAAUAUCACACAAGAGAACCGAAAUCAACCGACGUUUGAUUAUGAAGAGUUGAAUAUCACUUUACUUGAAAAUAUCACUGUUGGAACAUACCUUUUAACGGUGCAUGCAAGUGACAAUGACACAGGAAAAAAUGGUGAAGUAUGGUACCGUAUUCUUCCUUCUGAAGGAUCUAUCUUUUUCGCCAUAGAUCAGGAAAAUGGAGAUUUAUUUACUGCUGCAGAAUUUGAUUAUGAAAGUCAAAAUCCUGAUAUCACUCUGUCAGUAGUUGUUGAGGACAAUGGAUUUCCACCUAUGAAUGAUUAUGCUACUAUUAAUAUCACAUUGCUUAAUAUUAAUGACAACUGCCCCGAAUUCGUAGGAGAAUAUCCAGACAUAACUAUUCCGCUAAACACCACUAAUGGGACAGUUAUUACUAAUAUUUCAGCAACAGAUUCAGACACUGGUGAAAACGGAUAUGUUACGUUAUCAAUUAAGGUUGAGGGCGACGAUUCAAAAUCAAUAUUUGAAUUAGAUUCUGACAGUGGAGAGCUAACUGUCUCUGGGUAUUUGCAGUCAGGAGAGUAUGUAAUCAAGGUCAUCGCUUCGGAUAACGUAGAACAGCCAUGUAUUACCGAGAAAGCGUUUUCAGUACACGUACCAUAUAACCAAAACAUUGUCACUACGCAGUUCAUUCAUACAACUGAAGAUUAUGAACAACCAACAACGACGAGCGCAGAGGACGUUACGACAUCGAUUCCAACAACAACGAGCCUCGACGAUGUUUCUACAUCACUCCAUACUACAACGAUUUUUGAAGACGUUACAACUUCAGUCCCAACAAUAACGAGCCUUGAGGAUGUUACAACGUCAGUCCUAACAACGACAAGCCAGGAGGAUGUUACAACAUCAGUUCCAACAACAACGAGCCCUGAGGAUGUUACAACUUCAGUCCCUACAACUUCAGUCCCUACAACGUCAGUCCCUACAACAUCAGUCCCUACAACGUCAGUCCCUACAACGCCAGUCCCUACAACGUUAGUCCAUACAACGUCAGUCCCUACAACGUCAGUCCCUACAACGUCAGUCCAAACAACGACGACCCUCGUGGACGCUACAACAUUAGCCCCAGUAACUAGUAUUAAGGACGUUACAACGUCAGUUCCAACAAUGACGAGCCCCGAGGACCUUACAACGUCAGUUCCAACAACGACGAGUCUAGAGGAUGGUACAACAUCAGCCUCAACAACGACGAACUCGGAGAGUGUUACGACAUCAAUAAGAACGAGGGCUGAACCAGAUAACCAGAUGUCAACUCAGCAACAAUCUUCCACAACGAAUAUGGUACAACCGCCGGAAGAUGAUUGCAUAUUGGAUGCUGAUUGCAGUAAUGGUGCCAAAUGCUACGUCGGGGUGUGUGCGUGUGUCUGCCCUUACAGGGGUCCCACUUGUGAUCAAGUGGGACAGUGUUUCGAAACAUCUAUUCGACUCAAUCAACUACGUUCUCUGUUUGGUGAUGGUGAAGCUCAGUUCUCAGAAGCGUUAGAAGAUUCAACGUCCCAAGAAUUCAAAGAUGUAUAUACAUCUGUUAAGAACAUGAUGAAAGAAGUCGCCGAUAUCUCUGACAUACUGCAGGACAUCAAGAUCACUGGAUUUCGACAAGGAAGUAUAUUUGUGGACAUGAGCUUGGUUGUCACCGACAAAUCUGCUGGAGAAAAACAAGUAAAGGAAGCAUUUAGCCAAGCACUCAAAUCAAUAAAUGAUACUGACAUUACAUUCGACUUACUAAGCCUUCAAGUAAGAGAAGUAAAUGGAUUGGACAGUGAAGGAAGCCUCUGGUUCGUAAUUGUACCAGCUGCAUGUUUUCUCUUUGUUCUUGCAUUUGUGUUCUCCGUUGCUCUCAGCGUAUGCUUUUGUACCAAGAUGAAGGCUAAGCGAGUGUAUCUGAGGAAUAGGGCCGUAAAAGUUCAGGGUUUCUUUAUUAAAGAUAAGCGUAAGCCUAUUGAUAAAUAUUUAAAAUAAAAAUUAUUUUCCUACAAAAAACCACAACUUGAAAUCAAUUUAUCUGUUUUGAUUCUAUUCCGUAUUUAACUGAUAUAUGCAAAAAUAACAAAUCUAAUGAGUGGGUUAUUUGUCAUUUAUCGUUAAAAUUAGCGAACUUGCACAACAAUUGUGCACGUGUAAAACUUUACUACAAUUAAAAAUCUGAUGUCUAAUUGUUUAUGCCUAAUAUUAUAAAAGCUUUAAUUUUGUAGUACACAUAAUCCAGAGUAAUGAAAAUUAGCAAUAAAAAACCUUUGCAUACAUAAUGUAUUCUAUAUAUUCAGGAUCUAGCCAGCCUUACAUAAUAUACAGUAGGGUUGUAUCUAUUCAGAUUUUGUAUUAUACUAUAGGCAUACACGGACUUUGUCAUGGGGGAUGCGUUGAGAGUUGAAGGACUCUCAGUGCUACCAGAUCAAAUCAACCAACUAAUGCCUUUACGGUUUUAGUUGGUAAGACGUUAACCGUGUAAGCGAAUGGUCCUGGGUACGAAUCGUGGUGGAGGCUGAGAUUCUUUUUUAUUCUCAAAGAAAAAAAUGUAACUAGUUGCAUUGCAUCAUGUGCAUUUUUGGUUGUAGUUAUCAUAUAUUUUAAAAAACUAAAUGAAAUGGUUAAAUGUUCUGCAUAUAGGCCUAUAUGUAUUUCUAUUCAUAGGUGGUGGUUUCCAAACUUUAAAUUAAUGUAGAGUUGAGGAUUCUCACACGAAAGAUUGGCAUAAUAAUGUGCCUAUUUAUUUACAUUUAUUUUAUUUUUAUUUAUUACUUUUAUUUUAAUAUAAUAUAUUAUUUGGGUAUUUCGGAAAGUGCAACAGUUUGGUUUCAAAACAGGACCGGUUUAAAUAACUAUCUCAUAAAUAUAAUAAUAUUGGUAGUAACAAAUGUCAAAAGUUGAAAGUCAUCAAAAAAAUCUUUAAAAUCAAUUUUAAAAAAGGUUUGUUUUCAGACUGUACAAAAAUAUCCUAUCAAUUUAUCAAUUACAGUACCUGCAUUUUGUUAA